UUGUUCAAACUUCUGCUGCUAUACAAUGUUUCUUCAUCACACUCCUGCUUGUCAAGUUUCUGUGUUAUUCAUCCUAUUCCUUCAAAUGUCUUUCGGCAUUUUAUUGUGUGGUCGUUGGUGGUACCUAGGUGGUCGGUGGUCUCGUCGAUUUCGAGCUAUGUCGUCGGUGGUCGUCGAUUUCGAGCUAGGGUUUCGUUGCGGAUUUCACGGAGAGGGACUGAGUAUCAGAAAAGGAAAUUGGAGGUGAAGGCUGCAUGUGCAAGCUCGAGAAGGAAGCUGGAAGAGAAGUUGAUACAGGACACUGUGUUGAGCCUGGGCGGUCAAGUGAAAGAAAAAACGGGGGCAAUUAGAACAAAGGCUCCUAAUUUGACCUGCCGUGUUGAGUCAUUUGGAAGAAUAUGUCAAACGUUUGAUGACAAAAGGAAGAGGUGGGUGUCUUAAAUGGGGUUUGGUGGCCUUCUUCAUUUAGCUUCUGGCAUACAUAUGCCUAGGCAAUUGGCGUAUUGGCUACUGCGUCGAGUGGAUCCAUUUAGGAAGAUUCUCUCCUCGGAUGGCAAAGAGUUUAAGUUGUCACCGAAUCAAGUGUAUUGGAUAUUUGGGAUACCGAAUGGUGGCAAGUGUGUCCCUUUAAAAAAAAUAUGAGCCUCAAUGUCAAGGGACAGGUUGAGGAACUGAUUUCUCGGUAUGGCUAUUAUUGGGAAACUAAAUGCACAAGAUAUGAAGGCCGUGUUUACGGUGUCAAGGGCAUUCAUGUCAAUUCAAUUAUAAUGGAUAGGGUAGAAGGUCAAUGGGAAGACAAUGAGGAAGUUGAAUUUAAGACAUUAUUUCUCAUCCUUUCGCUGCUUAUGGUUCUUUGUCCUACACAGUCCCCACGACUAUCUUCAGAUCUAUUGCCUGCCGUAACGUGUGCAAUAGAAUGUGAUAAGUAUGACUGGUGCAGCUUAGUGUUAUCCAAGUUUCUUUCUAGUGUCACCUCAUUCGCAAAGAGGUUCGAUGCAAAAGGAAAUGGUGGUGGUAGUGGUGGCUGUCUGUUGUUUAUUGUGGUGCUUUAUCUUGACCGGCUUAAUAGGGAUCCCCUCCGCUGGGGUGCUUUCCCGCGAUUGAUUGUUUGGGGCAAACAUGAGUUAGCUUUAGCAGCCAGAGCUGAUUGUGUGAAUAAUGCUCCUGAUUUUGGCAAACUUGGGAUGUUGGAUGUUGCUUAUGGUGAAACCCACCCCCUAGAGGCCAGGGAUACAGAUGGACCUCUAGCACUAAAUACUAAGGAGGUUGACGAAUUACCUGAUAUGAAAUAUUCUCCUAAGCCGAGGCGUAGGCGGGCAUCGAAAGGAGCUGGUGUAUCAUGGUUCUAGUAAUGCAUUGGAGGUUUGCAUAAUGUCAAUGUACUGUAUGACUUUUACCUAUGACUUCAAUUUGGAUUGCAUAAUGUUUGGUUUUUUGGGCUUGGCCCAAAGUCAUAUGUUGAUUAUGUUGUAGGCAUUUAAUAAUUGAGUUUGAUGUCAAAGUCACAUAGGAUAGCAUAAUGUUUCUGUUUUUGGGCUUUAGGCCCAAAGUCAUAAUGGAUUCCAUAACAUAAUGUUUCUGUUGGCAAAGCAAGCCAUAAUGUUUUUAAGUAAUCUCCAAUAGGAAUUAGGGUGCUUCAAUUUUGACCCUUUAGGCCCAAAUCUAUUAAUAUAACUUAAGUAAUAUAAAAAAAUUUCCAAAACUUAUAAUGACAUCAUUAAUUUUUUUAUCAAAAUAAUUAAGAAUUUAGUAUCUUUUUCUCCUACUUCAUAAAUUUUAUUCAAAUUGUAUCAAUUGGAAUGUCCACUCUUUAGUAAUUUAUCAAUGUAUUAGAUUUUUCUUAAAUUAUCAAUUAUUUCUACUACGUACAUAUUACACACAAAUAAGCAUCCCACCCCACGAGCCUAAUCUAGUUCAUGUUAAAGAGACCUACACUCACAUUUGAAGAAAUAAAACUUUUUAAACCAGUAUUUGAAGAAUGAGUUGAUUUGUUUUAAAACCAUAAUCUGAAGACAUUUAAAACCUUUUACACCAAUAAUGUUGUCUUGGUAUUUGUGGAUUGCAUAAUGCCUCUUCUUUGUUACUAGGCCCAAAUUCAUAAUAAUUAUGUCCUCAAAUUGCAAUGUUUAUGGCUUAGACUCUAACCCAUUUUGGGUUACUAGUUUACCUCUGUAUGCAAUUCGUAUUUAUUCGGUUUUCCAAAUUGGAAUAACCUCAACCUAUAU